AUGAAUAACCUUGAGAGAAUAAAGCAGAGGCUGGAAGAAUCUGUAGAGAAGCACAAGAAAAGAUUAUUAAUGACAAGAGAAAAGAAGAAACAAAAUAAUCUUUCUAUAUGUUUGAACAACAAAAAUGUAAACAAAGGAAAGAGUAAAAUAAUAUUAAAUGAUGAUAAGAGUAUAUGUGCUGAUAAUAAAAUAGUGACAGAUACAAAUAUUUGUAUGAAUAAAAAUAAACUAAUUGAAAAUUUAAGAAACACAAAAUCGUUAUUAAUAAAAAAAAGAAGAAGCUUAAGUAAUAUGAAUAAAGAAAAUAAUAUUGUAAAUAAAUAUGAAGCAAAAGGGCAAUUAAAAAAUAAAAAUAUUCCAUUAAAAAAAAAUACAACAUCCUUAAUUAAUAGUAAUAAGGGUAUAAAGAAAUAUGAAAAUAAAUUAAUAAAUCCAACAAAUAUAAGUUAUACUAUAAGAAAUAAAAUUAAGAGUAGUAUUAAUAUGAGUCAUAUAAAAGAAAAAGAAAAGAAACUAAAAGAUGAACAUGAUAAAGAAAAUAAUACAAAUAGUAAUGAUAAUAUGAAUACCUUUCAAGAUGUAAACAUAUCUGAUAAUAAUAAUAAUAAUAAUAGUAAUAGUAAUAAUAAUAAUAGUAAUAAUAAUAGUAAUAGUAAUAGUAAUAAUAAUAGUAAUAGUAAUAAUGAUAAUAUGAAUACCUUUCAAGAUGUUUCUAAAGAUGUUAGAGAUAAUAUUAACGAUUUAUUUCGAAAUUUUGUUAAUUGUCAAAUUAACAACUUAUAUGUUAUAACUACAGAUACAAAUAAAAUACCUAAUAAUAAAAUAUUCCUUUCAGAAGGACAACAAAAAGUUUUAGAAUUAAAAAAUAAACAACAUAGUAAUGGAUAUGAUAUAAAGGAUGACCAUUCAUGUGAUGAUAAUUGUAGUAAUUAUAACAAUGUGUAUGAUAAUUCUUAUGUUAUGAGAAAACAAAGACAAGAGGAUAAUAUUAAAAAAAUUAUGAAUAAAAAUGAUAUGGAUGAUAUGAUAUAUGUAUGUUCAGAUGAAAGGAUGUCUAAUAACAUGGUCAUCAAAAGGAAUAAUAUUAAUGAUAAUAAUAAAAAUAAUAAUAAUUAUUAUUAUCAUGGUCAUUAUAAUAAGAAGUGUAGUAUUCAUGAUAAUAGUAUAUAUGACACAUAUGAGAAAAAUUUAAAAAAACUUUUAGAAAUUGAAUAUAAUAUGAAAAAAAAAAUAGAACGAUUUGAAAAAUAUAAAGAUAAUAAUAAUAAUAAUAAUAUGUCUACAAAAUCAUCAGCUUCUUCAUAUCCUUAUGGUGAUAGUCAUAGUCAUGAUAAUGAUGAUGAUAUAACAUUAUAUUCACAUAUUUGUUCUAAUAUUCAAAAUGCAAAAAAUCAAAUUCCAUUUGAUCAAAGUAAUAUUGAUACAUCUAUGAUGAAAGCUAAAAAUUUUAUUAUUAAAAGAAUGACAUCAACCUCAAAUAUAAAAAGUAAUCAUACGAAUAAGAAAAGUUUAUAUAAAGAAGAUGUUAAUAAUAAUGAUAACAAAAAUUAUGAUAAUAAUAGUUAUAUUUUUUCUCAUGAUGAGGACUGUGAUGAAUUAUAUUCCAUACAAAAAAAUAUAUACUCUAAAGACAUCUAUAAUAUUGAUCAUUUCACUGAUUGUAAUAAGAAUACUAGUUCAAAAAAUGGAAAUAAUGUAGAAAAGAAUUUAUAUACUCAUCAUGAUAAAUAUAGUUGUCUUACUUCUAAUAUGGAAAAUAAAAUGUUACAAAAAAAAAUAAAAAGUGAUGAUGAUUCUAAAUAUAAAUAUAAACAUAAACAUAUCAAUGAUCAAGAUAAUAUAAUAAAAAAAAAAAAAAAAAAUUUUAAUAAUUACUCUUAUGAAAACAAUGAAAAUACAGAAUUGGAUACGAUGAAAAGAAACCAACAAAAUUAUUCUAGUAAUUGUUAUUACAAUUAUUGCAAUGAAAAAAAAAAAAAAACAGAGAAAGAAAAGUUAAUGAAAAGGAAAAAAAAAAAAAAAAAAAAGAAAAAAGAAAAAAAAAAUGACAUUCAAAGUGAUAUUCAAAGUGACAUUCAAAGUGACAUUCAAAGUGACAUUCAAAAUGAUAUUCAAAAUGAUAUUCAAAAUGGAAAUGAAAAUAUAUAUAUGAAUAACAUAAAAAGUAAUAUAUCUUUUAAUAAUUCAAAAGAUGAUAGUAGCAUCUAUUAUUCUUCAUAUAUAGAAGACAAAUAUUUAUCAUCAUAUAAUAAAGAUGAAGAAAUUAUUUUUGAUAACGAUACUUGUGAUCAUUAUAUAGAUGAAUCUAUAAAAUCUCAAAAUAAUAUUUGUCAUAAUCAUCAUAUUAAUAUAUUUAAUAAAGAAACAGAUGAAAAAUCCUCUUGUUUAGAAGGUUUUAAUCAAUCAGUAUUUUUGUCUAAUAAAAUAUAUUCUUCAAAUAUAGAUAAAGAAAAUAUAAAAUCUUUUAGAUCUAAUGGAACAUAUGAAGAUGGAAGUAUAAAAGAAAAAAAAAAUUCUUUAAAUGAUAAAAUUGAAAAAAGGGAAGAAGAAAAGGUUUCUUAUUAUUUAAAAGAAAACAAUUUCAAUGAUGAUAAAAAUAUAAAAGAGGAUUAUAAUAUUAAUUCAUAUAAAUCUAAUCAACAGAAUGAUGAUAUUUACGAUCAGAUACAAAAUUCGUCAAUUAAGAAAAGUAAAAUGACAUGUUUAUUAUUAAAAAAUAAAAUAAAUGAUUCUCAUAUGUUAUAUAAAGAUAAUAAUAUCGAUUCUAUUGAUCACUGUUAUAUUUGUUCUUAUCCUAUAAAAAAGAAUGAACAAAAAUUUAUUUUAAAUAAAAGAGAAGAAGAAAAAAAGGGGAAAGAAAAUAUGGAUAUAACACAUCAAAAUUAUGAUAAUUAUGAUAAUAUUAAUCCUUCUUAUAGUUCUGAGAAUCACAUGAGGAGUCAUUUAAGUUAUUGCUCACAUAGUAACAUAAAUGAUGAAGAGAAAAAAUCAUACUUUUCAACUUUUACAAAUAAAAAGAAGUCUUUCAAAAAUUAUAUGUCUAGCCAUACUGUGUGUUUAAAAAGAAAUAAACAAGAUGUUGAAGAAUAUCACAAAUGUGGUAAUAAUAAUAAGAAUAAUAUUUAUGAUAAUAAUAAUAUUUAUGAUAAUCAUAUUCAUAAUAAUAAAACUUAUAACCAUUGUUAUGAUCAAGUUAUAUACAAUCCUAAAUAUGAAGAGAAAAAUGUAACUCCAUAUUUAACUCAAAAACAUAAAGUAAUAUAUAAAAAGAUUUAUAGUAAUCAAAUAAAUAUUCAUAACAAUGAAUAUAAUCAUAGUGAAGAUGAAAAAUAUAUAUAUAUAAAAAAAGAAAACAUACCAUUCAAAAAAGAAAGAGAAAAAAAAGAUAUUUUCAGUUAUAUAAAAGGAAUGUAUUUAUCUCCCCCUCCAAAAAAAAAAAAAAAAAAAAAAAUUCCUAUAUCUCAAAGUGAGGAAUAUAUAAACGAAGAAAGCUCUUUUAAUAUUCAAUCAAAUCAUAUUAAUAGUUAUAAAAUAAAUAAUAAUAAUAAUAAUAAUAAUAUAUUAAAUAAAAAUAAUCAAACUGAUCAUGUAGAGAAUGUAAUAUAUGAUAAUACUCAUGAUGAUGAUGAUCAUCAUUAUAAUAAUUUAAAAAAACAGAAUAAUAAUAAAUCUCAGUCUUCCUACGUUUGCUCUCCUUCAACAUCAAACUCAAUACUUAGAAAUAACACAGAAUCUUGUGUUUUAAAAAAUUAUAAACAAACUGAUCAAAAAGUAAAAGAAGAUGGACAAACAAUAAAUAAUAAUUCGGAAAAGAAAAAAAAUAAAACUUAUAUAAAAACAAAUAGCAUACUUUUAAAAAAAAUACUCAAAAUGAAAAUUGAAUCGAUGAAAAGAGAAAAGGAAGAUAAUAAAGACAAAAAUAAUCUUAAUUAUAAUAACAAUCAAAAAGAAUAUAUUCAUUAUGAUGAUGAUAAUAAUAAUAAUAUACAAGCUAUUGAUGAUGAUCAUCAUCAUGAUGAUGAUGAUGAUAACAUUAUCGUUAAUAAAAAUAACAAUAUAAUAGAAAUGAUGUCGACAAAAGAUAAAAUGAUAACAACUACUAUAGAUUAUAACCAACAAAUAGAUGAAAAAGAAUAUCAAAAUGAUAUAUUCCAAAAUGAAAAUAUUUCUAAUAUUAAAGAACAAUAUUCAAGUAUAUACACACAUAUUGAUAUGAAUAAGGAUACAUUAAAAUAUAAUAAUAUAUCUAUUUAUGAAAAUAAGGCAUCAAAUGAUUUUAUAUCUUCAAAUGAUUAUUAUAUUAAUAAAAAUGAAGAAAAAACACCCAAUAGAGAUAAAGAAAAUAACAUAAAUAAUUAUAAUAAUAUAAACGUGAAAGAAAAUAUAUCCGCUUCUUAUCACAUGAAUAAUAAUAUAAAAGAUGUAAUAAAAUUUAACGAAUCAUAUUAUUGUUAUUUGAAAAAUGUUGAAAAAAAUGAUAUAUAUCCCAAUUCUGAAGAACCUAUAACAAAGGAAGAUAAAACUAAAUUAUUCAUAGCUUAUUUAAAAGAUAAAAAAAAAAAUGAAACACAAGAAAAAAAUAAUAAAUCUGAUAAAUAUCUAUUAAAAUAUAAUAUUGAAUACUUUAAAUUAGCACAGUUCUUUUCUCAAGAUUAUCAUUUAUUUAAUAAUUAUAUAAAACAUGUAGAUCAAAAAUUAUCAAACAAAAAUAAUAAUCAUAUUGACAAUUUAGAUCAAACAGCUUUUUCUAUUAUUAAAUUGUUCAACUCAAAAAAAAAUGAUCCUUAUGAAAAAUAUAUAAAAAAAAACAUUUCUCAAAAAAAUGAAAUUUUUUACAAUAUUCAAAAAAUAAAAAAUCAAAAAAGCAACAUAAUAGAACAACAUAUACAAGUUGUAAAUGAUAAUGAAAAUAAAAUUAUAGAUGAUACAAAAAAGCAAAAAUAUAGUAUGGAGAAGAAUCAAAAAAAAUCCACUUUUUUGCGUGACAAAAAUGUAACAUAUAACUAUCCAUGUGAUCAACUGAAUAAUUAUAAAAAAGAAGAAAUAUAUAUUGCCACAAAGGAGAAGAAUUAUCCAGACAAUAAGAAUAAAACAACACAUUGUUAUAAAAUUGUAAAUAAUGUAAAACCAUCUUUAUUUUACAAAGAAGAACCCACAAAAAUUAAUCAAAAUAAUCGCAUUAUGACAAAUGAAAAAAAAGGAAAAAAGAAACAGAUAUUUUUAAAAACAAUUGAUCUUCUUGAAAAAUAUGAAAAAAUAAAUGCGAAAUAA